GCGAAGAGUUCAUCGACCCUUCACAACCGACCAACGCCCCCGCUGGUGUGCACAUGGCGAGCCGUGCGCCAGUAUCUCACUUCGCGGGUUUGCUUCGUGACCAGGCCGUCCACCACCUGAUUCGCGUCACCCCGUUGCAUGGAGAGGAGUCCGGUCACCUCGUCGCCAUCGGGCCGGAUGGCUUCUCCCUGUGCACGUGUCUAAGACAGCUCGUUUAUGGCCUGCCUUGCUCGCAUGGCUUGAAGUCCAUGUUCGACACCGGCCACAAGACGUUGAACGGAGCGUCUAUUGCGCCCCGGAGGCGUGACAGCCUCACGCCAUGGACGUUGGAGGGGCUGGCCGCGAAGCCUGCCAUGCUGGACCUCGACGCCGCCCACUGUCCCGUGCAGAUGCCGCCCUUCAACCUCAACGCCGACGACACGUCCCACUCAAGCACGAACGUGAAAACAGCCGCCUACGCGAACGGUGUCUCCUUCGGAAAAGACAUGGUUGUCCUUAUCCGAGAUGUCGCUACUCUGGACGGCAUCGAUCGCGUCUUGGAGAGCACGAAGGUCUUCUUCAAGCAGCAACUAGAGGUGGAGAAGAUCACGCACCACAAGCAGGGGGGGCUUCGCUUUAGAACCCACGACGGGUUGUUAAGGGGUGGGGGGAGGAGAGCGUGUUAA